UUCCCACCAGCCUGGCCCCCGGGGCGGGGCGCUGCGGGAGCACCUGGCGGUGCCGGCCCCACCGUCGGCGGCCGCGGGGCGGGGCCGGGGCAGCGGAUCAGGGGGCAGCCCGGGCGGGCGCAGAGCCGCGGGCCAGAGGGCGCGGGAGGCGAGGCGAUGCCGCUGCAGGACGAUGCCCUCCGGGAGGUGUGGGCCUCCGACAGCGGACACGAGGAGAGCGGGAGCCCCGCGGCCCAGCGGCGCCCCAAGCAGCGACCCGCCCGGGGACCGAGGCUGAAGAAGCGGACGGAGGCCCCUGAGCCCCCCGCGCCCCCGGGACCCACGCCCAGGAGACCCGGAGGAGGAAGAGAGGGGCCGUCGGAGGAGGGUCCGCUGCCUGACCCACGUCUCGGCUCAGCCGCGCGGAGGCGGAGGCCGCGGGAGCCGCCCGCCCCCCAGCCCGUCUACGCCAAGUUCGUCCGGGACCCCGAGGCCAAGCGCGACCCCCGAGAAACCUUCCUGGUGGCCCGAGCCCGCGGCGGAGAGGCGGAGGAGGAGGCCGCGGAAGAGGAGGGCCCUGAAGAUGAAGAGGAGGAGGAGGAGGAGAGAGUCCCCCCGCCCCGCAAGAAGCCCCCUAAGGAGAAGCCUGCGGCAGACCCCGGGGCGAGGAGGGCCAGGGCGGGGGCGCCGCAGGGGGAGGCGGGAAGCCCUGUCCCCCCAGCAAAGCCUCUUCGGGUGAAGAAGAAGGCGCCAGCGGGGGAAGGGACCAAGACGGGAAAGACAAAGAAGAAAGGGUCUGGGCCAGCUGACAAGGAGCCCCCGGCGAGCUCGGCCGGAGCGCAGAAGGCCCCGGAGGCCCUGUUUCUGGUUGGGGACGGCGGCCCCGCGGGGAAAGCCCUGAAGAAGAAAGGUACUCCCAAAGACUCGGAGGAGGAGGGGAAGCGGGAAGAGGGGGAGGAGGAAGACCUGGCAGCUGUGGCGACCAAGAACAGCAACCAGAAGGGCAAAGCGAAAGGAAAAGGCAAAAAGAAAGCGAAGGAGGCGCGGGCCACGUCCCCACCCGUGGGAGUGGGUGAGCCCCGGGAGUUCGUGCUGCGGCCGGCCCCUCAGGGCCGCACAGUGCGCUGCCGGCUGACGCGGGACAAGAGGGGCAUGGACCGGGGCCUGUACCCCUCCUACUUCCUGCACCUGGACUCCGAGAAAAAGGUGUUCCUCUUGGCUGGCAGGAAGCGGAAACGGAGCAAGACAGCCAAUUACCUCAUGUCCAGCGACCCCACCAACCUGUCCCGAGGAGGGGAGAAUUUUGUCGGGAAGCUGAGGUCCAACCUCCUGGGGAACCGCUUUACCGUCUUUGACAACGGGCAGAACCCGCGCCACGGAGGAGGCGGCGCUGACGUGGGGAGCCUCCGGCAGGAGCUGGCAGCGGUGAUUUAUGAAACCAACGUGCUGGGCUUCCGAGGUCCGCGGCGCAUGACGGUCAUCAUUCCGGGCAUGAAUUCGGACAACGAGAGGGUCCCCAUCCGGCCCCGAAAUGCCAGCGAUGGGCUGCUGGUGCGCUGGCAGAACAAGACUCUGGAGAGCCUCAUUGAGCUGCACAAUAAGCCACCAUUCUGGAACGAAGCCACUGGCUCCUACACCCUCAACUUCCAAGGCAGAGUCACGCAGGCCUCCGUCAAGAACUUCCAGAUCGUGCACGCUGAUGACCCCGACUACAUCGUGCUGCAGUUCGGCCGCGUGGCCGAGGACGCCUUCACCCUAGACUACCGGUACCCGCUGUGCGCCCUGCAGGCCUUCGCCAUCGCCCUGUCCAGCUUCGACGGGAAGCUAGCUUGCGAGUGAUGGCGGCGGCACCCCAAGUCCCAGAGCCGCCGGGGUCGGAAAGGACUCGGUGGAGGCUUCAGGGUCCCCUCACCAAAGCCCCCACUGAGGACGCCUCCUGUGUCAGGAGCUGACCCCUAACUGCCUCCAGGUGACCUCCAUCCACUCCCCGGCCUGGCAGAGGCCGAGCGGGGGGCGGAGCUCAGACGGCGGGUGCGGAGCAGAUGAAGAACAUCUGGAGCUGGAGCCGCACAUCUGGUCGCAGCGCUCGCCUGCACGCUCCACACACACACACACACACACACACACACACACACACACCCCGCCCCCGCCCGGCAGCCACUUCCUGUCCAGGGUCGGUAGCCAGUGCGGCUUUAACCCCUGAGGGACCGCGCUGUCGGGGUGGCGGGUGAUGGGGCGAGGACGGGCACGCACAUCCCCAAUAAAGCUGCGUCCCGGCGGCGGAGCCGCGGUGCUGCGCGCAGAGGAGGGCGGUGGGAGGGUCCGCGGGCGGCGCAGGCCUCCCGCCCGCUCCACUCCGCCCAGGCCCCGGGCGCCCCCGUGUCCCUCCCGGCCCGGCGCCGGUCCUACCGAAACG